UUGUCGGUCGCCAUAUUUGCACCCCAAAAGAAGACAGCCGUUUUCUGCCAUGUCCACACAGUCGUAGGAACGGUAAAGGUAUACCGCCUUUAGAACUUUAAAAACCUUUGGAUUUAAAAUGUUUAACCUCAAGUACUUUUCGGGAAAGGAUUGUCAGUUCAGUGUCGUGGCCUAAUUUAACACCGAACUUAAGGAAAAUGACAAUGGCGCUGUUACCACGGGCACCGACGUAUAAUGUGUUUGUCGGGGUGCUUAAAGGUACGAAGUCGACUUUUGAGGUGGAUAUCUUGACGAAUCCUAUCACAAAGAAGCUUGCUCGUAUUGUCUUGCGAAGUAGAAACAGUACAACGCGUACGUUGACGGAAACGGUUAGCAACGAAUUCUUUAUGAGUAACCAGGAAACUUUUCUGGAAUUUGGUCGACAACUGCAACUGGGGCGUCUUUUGGAUGACGACGUUUUCGAUACGCUGAUUCACCAGAUGUGUGAAAAUGCACCCAUAACGUAUGACAUUGGCCUACAGACUGCCCUGUGGAACGACCACAUCCUUCACCAGACAGAACUAGCGAAGCAUAUCCUGCCCAUCGAAAGUAAGGAGGCCAAACUCAAGAAGGAGUUAGUAAGUUUGGCCUACAGAAACCCCAAGAAGAUGAAAGACUUCUUCGAAGAAUACGACAGUACCUCCGUCCCAUAUGGUUUAAACGGAGAGACAUUCACCCCUUGGGAAGGAGGCUCAAGUGACAUGGAACGUUUCAGGGUGUGGGAAUGUGGCUUUGAAUACGUCAACCCACCAGAGAAACUGGUAGUUAUCGGGUACAUCGAGGACGAUGCUGUAGUAAUGGUAGGGUCACAAAGUGGGAAGGUUUACAUGGACGAAGAUGAGAUAGUUUAUAACGUGGCGAACAAUCUCUCGGACUUUGCAAACCAUGGCUGUCCAUAUAACCCGACAUUUUUCGACUACUACUUAGCACGACCAAACGAUGUGAGGAGCUUGCCCUGUGCUGCUGGAACUUUUGAAGAAUGUGACAAAACAGCAGAUGUUCCUGAAGACAGCAAAUGGACCUUUAUUGGUCAUGAUCCUGACCAGCUGGAAGCCGACCGUGAAAGGGCCAGCCAAAUGUAUGCGGAAAUGGCAGAAUACUUCAAGCCGCCUUCUGAAGUAUUCCUCGACUUCACCGAUCAGCAAGAAGAUCCGUUUCACUCACAGUCCUUUUUUGCACAGUUCGGUGAUGGUCAAGAAGACUUGUGGUCAUCUCCCUGUAAGGGUUUUCCAUCUACUGAUCCUUUCCCCUCACAGUUCUCCUCGAUGUGCAUUGAAAUUAAAAGUUAGCCUUUUUGUUGCUCCAUACCACAAGCAUAAGUGUCACAUAUGUUUUUCUUAUGUUUCUUUUUCUGCCCUUUUGUCAAUUACAUGCCAGUUCUUAUUUUGUAUAGUGAUACAUGUAGAGCGGGACAUGUUUUACAUUUUGAAAUGGUUUUUAUUUGUUUGUUAUUUUUAGGAAAACUGUAUAGUUUAGUCUCUGAAUGAUAAUCUGAAAUUUAGUGAGCGAAUGGUCAAAUAUUUUAAUUCGCCUGAAAAUCUUACGAGGGUCGGUUUUUGCUAUUUUCCUUUUAAGGUUUGCCACCCCUGUCAUUUUUUUUAAAGUUGAGGGCAACUUUAUUCCUCAAACUUCUUUAAACUGCUACUUUCCUUUUUAGCUGUUUUGCCACCCUUGUCAUUUUUUUGUGGAGGGCAUGCUUUUCUUUAAACUUUGACUUUAUAGUAAGGUUAUCAUUAAAAGUUAAUUUUUUGGGUGAAAGUGCUUUAAAUGUUCAUAGCAUAAUACGAGACAGCUGGAAGAGUUCGUUUUAAAGAGAGGUGUAUAUUUUUAAGUCAGUUUUUAUGCAGGGAGAUGUGUUCAGGUUGAACGUUGGUCCAUUUGAUAUGGUGAUGUCGCUGGGAGAUUUCAUGAUUGAACAACCCAUGUUGAUUAAGGUCAUGUAGCAUUCAUACGUUGUAACUUGAGUUGUGCUUAGGCUAGAGAACAAGAGUUCAAUGAAGUUCUUCUAUUAUACAAAACGUAAAGUAGUUAUCUGUUAGAAAGUCAGAUCUGGGGGACAUUAAAAGAACUGUGAACAUCAAGGCAUGUCAGUAACCAGCUUUUAUUGGGCUAUUAUCUUACAGGGAUAAACAUUCGUCAAAUGUAAUUCCAUGGCUAGAGAAUGUAGUAAAUUCUGCAUGAUUACAGCCAGGCCAGGAGGUACGUGUAGGUAUGUAGUAUUUCCAUUAAAGUCACUUAAUGUCUAUUUAUUUCUUUAUAUGUAAAUUGAUACGAUACAUCAAGGCCAUUUUUGUUCAUCCCUUUAGAAAAAAAUGUUUCAAUCAAAUCUACUCCAUUACUACUAUUGUGGGUGACAUUCAGAAAGGAGAAAUAACAAAAUACACAGUACUGGUGUGUUUAAAUUGCUGAAAUUACGAAUGUUAAAGAUUACGUUUACUGUCUGAUAUUUUCUGGUGUUGCCCCAAAAUGAGCUCGUCUCACGUGGAUUGUCAGUAGAUGUCAACAUGUUUUUGUCAGUAAAUCUGAUCAAAAUAAAAAUUCAAAUACCGGUGAACAGAAUUUGUUUUCAUUUUAGAACAGACGAAAAUUACUUGGAAUAGCUAAAAUUAGCAACUUGUACUUAAAAUUUACACAAAAUCUAAUUAAGCAAAUUUAAUGGAGAAAACUUACAUUCUUUCCAUGUCAUGGAUAUGCUUUUCUUGUAUAUACGUGUAGGUUUUAUGAUA